AUGAUUGCCGGCGCCGGAGCAGGCCUCGUCUCGUCUAUCGCGACCUGCCCGCUCGAUGUGGUCAAGACGACACUCCAGGCGCAGAGCAUCCGCAAGGACCAAAAGGGCUACGAAGGGGUCACCAAGACGUGUAUGCGAAUUUACCGCCUCAGCGGUUUGCGCGGCUUCUACCGCGGCCUGGGACCAACCAUUGCUGGCUACCUGCCAACAUGGGGCAUCUACUUUACUGUCUACGACUUUAUCAAGGACCGUAUGGCGAGGGGCCUUGCCGCGAGUGGACGCCCAGACAAGUACCCCUCUCUCAUUCAUGUGACCGCGGCCAUGACUGCCGGCGCGACUGGCACAAUCUUGACCAACCCGCUGUGGGUAGUUAAGACGAGAUUUAUGGCGCAAGCCGUCCUGCCACCAGACGCCGCACGAUACCGCACAACGUGGGAUGCGAUCAAGACGAUCUACCGCACCGAGGGGUUGGGGGCGUUCUACAAGGGCUUGUUACCCAGUCUGUUUGGUGUUACGCACGUCGCGGUGCAGUUUGGCCUGUAUGAGAAGACCAAGGCGGCGAUGACUAAUGACGGCCAACCGCUCACUCCGACGUCGAUUCUCGUGGCGUCCGCCUUUUCCAAGAUGAUCGCAUCACUGGCAACAUACCCGCACGAGGUGCUGCGUACGCGCAUGCAACCACCCGGCCCGGCGACACUAUACUCUCCGCUGGUUACGGGCUCGACGCCACCCGUCGUUCACUCGAUGGGCGACGCGACGGAUGGGCAGCACAGCGUGCUGCGCAACAGGGCACGCUGGAGUCCGAAGAAGGGCGGAAUUGUGGACACGUUCCGCAAGAUUUAUCGACAGGACGGGUGGCAGGGCUUCUACCGCGGACUGAGCAUCAACCUCGUCCGCACUGUACCAAGCAGCGCUGUGACCAUGCUUACAUACGAGCUGAUCAUGCGUAAUCUAUCAUGA